UAUCGGUAUCGGUUGAUAUCGGAAUCGGUAAUUAAGAGUUGGACGAUAUCGGAAUAUCGGAUAUCGGCAAAAAAGCCAUUAUCGGACAUCUCUAGUCCUGGAUCAUCAUUUGUCCCAAAGUAGUCUUUGUUCUCCCUCAUGAAGUCUGCAAUGAUUAGUAGUGUUGUUGUUGUUUCAGGGAAAAUCAAACGCUGUGAUGCGUCUGUAAAAUGAAUGCGCCGCUGUGCGCUUGAAAUGAGCAAUGUACGUAAAUAUUACCUGUUAUUAUGAAUGUAACUGUUACUACAUUAUGGUACAUAGAUACUUUCAGUGUGUAUAUAAAACAAUAAUGGAUUCUUUUGGAUUUUUUUUAGAGCGCUUUAUGGGCGAAAUAGAGCGACUCUCAUUGGCUCCAUUGUUAGCGUUUAUUUACUAUUUAGAAUGCACAAAAUAAGAAAAACACAAGUGUCAUAGACAAAAUUCCCAAAAAGUGCAGUUCCCCUUUCACUCGCUUACGCAUUUUCAUGUGAUCUUUCCGUCAUGUUUUUCAGCCAGAGAAUUAGCACUGAAGCAGGAGGAAGGACGCACGGUGAUGUACACGGCCAUGGGAGCGGAGUGGAGGCCCUUUGGGUUUCCACGGCGACGCCGACCCCUCAGCUCGGUGGUGCUAGAGGCGGGUGUGGCUGAAAGACUUGUAGACGACGUGAAGGAGUUCAUCGGAAACCCCAAGUGGUAUACAGACCGCGGCAUCCCCUACAGAAGAGGAUACCUGUUGUAUGGACCACCAGGAUGUGGAAAAAGCAGCUUUAUCACGGCUCUGGCCGGCGAGCUGGGCUAUAGUAUCUGUUUGAUGAGUCUGAGUGACCGCUCACUUUCCGACGACCGUCUGAACCAUCUGUUGAGUGUGGCACCGCAGCAAAGUAUAAUCCUGUUGGAGGACGUCGACGCCGCCUUCGUCAGCAGAGACCUUCUCCCCACAGAAAACCCGUUGGCCUACCAGGGAAUGGGUAGGCUGACCUUCAGUGGCCUGCUGAACUCUCUGGAUGGAGUGGCUUCCUCUGAGGCCAGAAUUGUAUUCAUGACCACCAAUUUCAUUGACAGGUUAGAUUCGGCUCUGAUCCGACCCGGCCGCGUCGAUCUGAAGCAAUACAUCGGACAUUGUACGCACUGGCAGCUAACGCAGAUGUUCAGACGCUUCUAUCCGGACGAGCCCGCCUCUGAGGCAGAGCGUUUUGCAAAGUGUGCGCUGUCUGCCCACACGACCAUCAGCGCCGCUCAGGUGCAAGGGCACUUUCUGUUGCACAAAAUGGACCCUGAGGGAUCGAUAAGCAACGUUGCCAAAAUACAAGAAUGACAGGACUGGAUAUUUUUGUCAUUGAAUAGAACCUUUUUAAAAAAAAGAGUGAAAUGAACAACACUGUUGCACAUUUAUUUAAAAACAUAUGUAUUUGCCCAUUGAGGUGGGCCAUUACCAAAGACUAGACUUCUUAUUAAGAAGGGGAUCUUCUUUUAAAGUUUAAAUGUAUUAAUUUUUUGUUCAUAAUUUAUAUCAGUUGAAUCUACCAUCGUGCAAAACUUCCCGCUUUAAAGAGGAAUUCUUAAUCAUGGCCCUUGACAUA